AUGUCUGAUGAGGAAUAUGUAUACGAAGUUAUUAGCAACGAAAACGAUGCAUUAUUCUGUGCUCGAUUGAUAGCAGAAGAAUUCUGCGCAUCUAAUCCGAUAACCGUGUUCGAUGGUGUGAAAACGGACUGUUUUUUCCAAGAUGUGUCAUGGCUGUUAAUGCAAGAUAUGCUCGAGGAAGGUUUAUCAUUUCUUGCUCGACAUCGUUCUUCCGGUGAAAUCGUAGGUGCGGUCGUUGCUGGCGAUUUGUAUAUUCAUCAUCAAAAAUAUGCAUACGAUCCUUCGAGUGCCCCGCAAUCCAUUCCAGCUAGUGAUUUGCUCGAUGAAAUGGACCAUUUGUUUGUUACACGGGACUUUCAACAAGAAUUAAAAGCGAAUUUAGUUUUACACAUCACAGUUGCUGCAGUGCGUCGUCAACAUUCAGGCAAAAAUGUAGCAUAUCAAAUGAAUGUAGCAAUGUGUGAUUACGCACGAAAUCGCCAUGGUUUUCAAUAUGCAUUUGUACAAGUAACAAAUCCAGCGACAAGACAUAUUUAUGUUGAUAAAAUGAAUGGAAUUGAAGUAACCAUUGUGGAUCCGACGAGUUGGGUAUGGAAAAAGAAACAUGAGGGAUCGUUUUGUCCUUAUAAGGAUUAUCAAGGUGGGUUAAUACCAAAUAUUUUAAUUAAAUUAAACACAGAAGACAAGAAAUAA